AUGGAACAGCGGCGGUCUGACCAUAGGCGCUGGGGCCCACGGGAGCACUUGCGGCGCCUAGACUGGCAGUUUGCAGCGUUGCUGAACAGACACGCUCGCUGGGUCCAUUUGCUCGAAGAAGCAUUACACCUUGUCGCGGUGCUCGGUGCACCUGGAGGCAAUGUGGAGCUGCGCGCAGAGGCAGUCUCCGUUCUCGCUGGAGCUCUGGAAUGGUACCGUCGGAGACGUCGCACGCCUCUGAGAGAAGCAGCUGCGCUUCCUGCCACGUUAAAUUCCCUGCGCUGGGCCGAGACGCUCGUAUCGAUGCUCCGCGUGAUCGAGCAUACGGAGCUGCUCCUGGAAAUGUUGAGCCAGAGCGACGUACCCGAAAGUCUGGACGGAACGGACCGCUGGCGACACGACGCAGACCCGAGCGGCGCCACAAACGACUCUGCUAUGGACUGGAUGCGCAUCCGCCAAAACCAUUGGUUUUAUUCCUGGAUUGGUACUCGAGUGCGAGCUGCAAACCUAGGAAACGCGCUUGAGUCGGCGCAUGCGCGCACCCACUAUUCCAGAGGCUUCCGACGCUCCUACAACAUGGUACUGGUCCUUGAAACGCUCAAGGCGGUCCUGCGAACCGCCGUUCCCGAGCAGACGAACAACCUCUCCUCAACAAGAGGUGCAUAUGACUGUGCGCAGAAUGAACGUGCACAGAUCAAGAAGAUGCUGCUCGACUGGGAGCGACAGGGAGCACUGCAACUCCGGAUUGUUCCUCGGCGCGGCGAGCGCAGUGGACGUUCAUUUUUCACCUCAAUACGUCCAACAACAACAACAACAACAACGGUUCUUGGUGACAUAACGCCAACUGAACCCCCUCCAUUGAGGCGGCCCAGUCAAGCAACCGUCGCUGAUGAGCAGGCAUGUGCGGAGCAAACCUGUUCCAAAUACGCGAACAUGGAUCAGAGGCAUCCGACUGCAGCCGCCUCAGUACCGAUUGAGGACAUCUUCAUGUUUGUUGCUGAUCGGCGCGGGCUCGUUAUGGCUGAACGACUCUGGGCGGCGACUGAACGCUACCUACAGAGCAUUCACGAGCAAAAUGCGCAGAGGAACCGGCGAAGCGCUGCAGGUGCUGCACCCUUCGUAUGGGUUCCCGGUGACGAUCUCCGUUCCAAGAUCGCCACUUGGAUCCGCGUUUGGCGACCAGUUAUCUAUCUUGCCUUUGUGCCACGUGUCGCACCGUGGAGUAGUUGGCUCAUUUCGUUCAUGCUGGAUGUGAUAUCGAGGCGCUGGUUGUUGCAGGGUGGCGGUGACGGCUCGCCUGCUGGCGACAUUUCACACCGAGAAGGGGUCCGGAUACCACCACCUUCGCCGCUGCUCUUGUACCUGUUACGAGAACCCGUAUACUCCAACGUUAUCGUUCGCUGUGUGCUUUUGCCGUGGAUGCGUCGCGGCCGAAUGCAUCGAUUUGUGGGAUCAUUGGCACUGGGCCUCACUCAGGCCGCUACAAAGUAUUACUUCCUCACCGCUGCAUCGUAG